CCUUCUUUAAAUGAAGGACUCAGUGAUUGAGUUGGGGAGUGAUCACUGAUCCUCACUUUCCACACCAAACCCACAUGAGUGAUUCCAUGACCAUGACUGCUACUACUGACCAAUGGAUGCAGUUCUAUCAACAACCCCUUAUGGAUGGCCAUGACCAUGACCAUGACCAUGCUUUGGCACCAAACAAAGAAGGCUUCUUUGAUGCAACUUUGAUCACAACUAGUACCAUGCCAUCAUCAGAGAGCAAUAGCAAUAGCAUGAUGAGCCAAUUGACACCCAAGGGUAAUGUAUCCAAACCAAUAAGGAGAAGAUCUAGAGCCUCUAAGAGAACCCCAACCACACUCCUCAAUGCCAACACCACCAAUUUUAGAGCAUUAGUACAACAAUUCACAGGGUGUCCUAGCACAACCAUGUCAACACUAGGGGUCCAUAAGGGACCUAUCACCUUGAACUUUCAACAAGGAAGUGGACAGAAGAAUAUUCUCCAUAACAACAAAACUAGACUAGUGCUACCAUUUAGCACCAGAAGCUACAACAACAACCAGGAUCAUCAUCAUCAUCAUCAAGUGUCUGCACCUCUUCCUUGGCAGAAGCAAGAGGACCACAUACCUCAGCAGCAGUUGUUGCAUCAGCAGCAACAGAGUGGUUACCCCUUUGAUCAUUUUGUGAAGAACACUGAUUUUCUUCCAAGUUCUGGUAACUCUAGCAUGGAUGUUUCUGAUGGUUUGCUCUAUGAUAAUGAUUUUAGUUUGCCUGAUCUAACUGGGAAUGGCUUCCCCAAUGAUACCUUUUAUAAGAAUGAAUUAUAGUUAUAUUUUAUGUGAUGAUCUAAAAUGUUUAACUAUAAAAAGGGUUCAAUUAUUGAACCCCGUUCAUAUCAGAAAAACAUAGUGGACUUUGAUUAGUUAUAUUCAGUUGAUCAUAGUUGUAUGUAUGCUAUCAUAAAAACAAUAAUUCAUGUAUUUUUAUGCGUUUAUUUCUUCAGAGUCCAGUUUUGUUUAUUCUCUGUGUCUAGCUAAUAACAAUUUCUUAGUUUAAUUUGUUCCUGUUUGUAUAUUCUUUUCUGUUGUAAUGUGAACGGGUUGCGUUUUCCACCUUAUGAACAAAGAUUCUAUUCC